AUGCCGCGAAAAUCCACCUCCAGUACACCGGGGGACGCGGACGAAGCUGUCUCGCCACAGGUGCAAGUGCAGGUGCCGGCUCAGUCGCACGCGCAGGUCGUGCAGGCGACAGAGCAGCAGCUCAAGGCGCGGGCCGAGGGGGGCGUCAGCAUCGAGGACUACCUCCUCCCGCGCUCGCUGACCCUGCGCCUCGCCAAAUCGGUUCUCCCGCCCAACACCUCCAUCCAGAAGGACGCCGUGCUCGCGAUCCAGAAAGCGGCGACGGUGUUUCUGUCCUAUUUAUCUUCACAUGCCAACGAGGCGACGCUGAAACGGACCGUCGCGCCGUCGGAUGUCUUCAGCGCGAUCUCCGAGCUGGAGUUUGAUGCGUUCCGUCCGCGCCUGGAGAAAGAGCUGGAUGCGUACACCGAGAUCAAAGCCGGCAAGCGGCGGGCUAAGAAGCCGGACGGUGCGGGUGAGGGUGCUGGAGCUACGGAAAACGGGGCGAAAGACGCCGAAGAGACGGUGAAGGAUACCGCGCGGGGCGCGAAGAGGGUCAAGCGUGCGGAGGAUGGAGAUGGGGUUGCUGGGCGGGAGGAUGAUGUUGAGGACGGGGAUGAGACGCAGGAGGAGCCGGAGGCUGUGGAUGAGAAUGAAACCGAGGUCGAGGAGGAGGAUGGCGAGGAGGAAGACGAGGACGAGGCGGAGGAGCACGAGGAGGACGAUAUUGAUCGCGUGGAGGAUCUGGAUCGGGAUGCCCGGGCGAGGCGCAUGAUGGACCCAGAUGCUGCGGGUGAUGAGACGGAGAGUGACGAGGAGGAAUCGGGGCCUGGGUCGCAACUGCGAGGGGAUCUGGGGUUGGGAUAG